AUGCAUCUUCUUCAAAUAUACAGCUCUCAACACCCAGCACAAACCAUCCGUAAACGUUCAGCCCUGACACUUGUGAGCCGCUGCGAUGAUCUCUCACUGUCUUGCCCGGAGCCUCAGCUCUCACGCAAGGGAGCUGAGGCUCCGGGCAAGGGAGCCGAGGCUCCGGGCAAGGGAGCGGGGAGGCUCCGGGCAAGGGAGCGGGGAGGCUCCGGGCAAGGAAGCCGAGGCUCCGGGCAAGGGAGCGGGGAGGCUCCGGGCAAGGAAGCCGAGGCUCCGGGCAAGGGAGCGGGGAGGCUCCGGGCAAGGGAGCGGGGAGGCUCCGGGCAAGGGAGCCGAGGCUCCGGGCAAGGGAGCAGAGGCUCCGGGCAAGGGAGCCGAGGCUCCGGGCAAGGGAGCCGAGGCUCCGGGCAAGGGAGCCGAGGCUCCGGGCAAGGGAGCCGAGGUUCCGGGCAAGGGAGCCGAGGCUCCGGGCAAGGGAGCGGGGAGGCUCCGGGCAAGGGAGCCGAGGCUCCGGGCAAGGGAGCCGAGUCUUCGGGCAAGGGAGCCGAGGCUCCGGGCAAGGGAGCCGAGGCUCCGGGCAAGGGAGCCGAGUCUUCGGGCAAGGGAGCCGAGUCUUCGGGCAAGGGAGCCGAGGCUCCGGGCAAGGGAGCCGAGUCUUCGGGCAAGGGAGCCGAGGCUCCGGGCAAGGGAGCCGAGUCUUCGGGCAAAGGAGCCGAGGCUCCGGGCAAGGGAGCCGAGGCUCCGGGCAAGGGAGCCGAGGCUCCGGGCAAGGGAGCCAAGUCUCCGGGCAAGGGAGCCGAGGCUCCGGGCAAGGGAGCCGAGGCUCCGGGCAAGGGAGCCGAGUCUUCGGGCAAGGGAGCCGAGGCUCCGGGCAAGGGAGCCGAGGCUCCGGGCAAGGGAGCCGAGGCUCCGGGGAGCGGGGAGGCUCCGGGCAAGGGAGCCGAGGCUCCGGGCAAGGGAGCCGAGUCUUCGGGCAAGGGAGCCGAGGCUCCGGGCAAGGGAGCCGAGUCUUCGGGCAAGGGAGCCGAGGCUCCGGGCAAGGGAGCCGAGUCUUCGGGCAAAGGAGCCGAGGCUCCGGGCAAGGGAGCCGAGGCUCCGGGCAAGGGAGCCGAGGCUCCGGGCAAGGGAGCCAAGUCUCCGGGCAAGGGAGCCAAGUCUCCGGGCAAGGGAGCCGAGGCUCCGGGCAAGGGAGCCGAGUCUUCGGGCAAGGGAGCCGAGGCUCCGGGCAAGGGAGCCGAGGCUCCGGGCAAGGGAGCCGAGGCUCCGGGCAAGGGAGCCGAGGCUCCGGGCAAGGGAGCCGAGGCUCCGGGCAAGGGAGCGGGGAGGCUCCGGGCAAGGGAGCGGGGAGGCUCCGGGCAAGGGAGCGGGGAGGCUCCGGGCAAGGCAGCCGAGGCUCCGGGCAAGGGAGCCGAGGCUCCGGGCAAGGGAGCCGAGGCUCCGGCACGUAUUACAGUACGUAUUACUGCACGUAUUACAGUACGUAUUACUGCACGUAUUACAGCACGUAUUACAGUACGUAUUACUGCACGUAUUACAGCACGUAUUACUGUACGUAAUACUGCACGUAUUACAGCACGUAUUACUGUACGUAAUACUGCACGUAUUACAGCACGUAUUACUGAAAACCGUAAGAAACAAGUCAAAGAAAAGUCUGCACGAGACAUGAUGGAUUACUUUACCCAGAAGUGUCAGGAGGCAGACUAG